UCCCAUGCGUGUCAUCUGCCGCUGCCAUGGCAGGGUGGCCAUUGCCAGUGCCACCGCAACGACACAGCUUUUACUCCGACGACCACUGUGCUCCGUUUGCUUUUGAAGAGCGCACACGCCGGCCGGCCGUUACCGAGCGAGCGACCAGACGACGGGAGCCGUCACGCAUAAAUAUAUCCACCGCUUCACACUUCCCUCUGACACCGCUGCUGUCUCUUCUUCCCUCUCCUCUCCUCUCCUCUCGUCUCGUCUCGUCUCGAGAAGCUGCCCGCGCGCUCCCUCCCCUCCCCUCCCCUUCCCUCCAUAAAAGUUGGAAUCCAAACCAAACCGCCGCAGGGAGCGCUGCGCAGCAACACCGACCGGUGUUCUCCGAAAUGGCCGAGGACAAGGAGACCGAGUCGCCGCAGCCGCCGGCCAAGCAGCCCCGUCUCUCCUGCGCCGACACGAGCGCCGGUAAGUACACUCUAGUCCGGUUGGGUAAAGUAGCUGGGUUGGGUACCUGUCUAGCUGAUCGAGCCAACGGUUUGGCGUUUCUGUUUUGUUUGUCUGCAGGAGAGGUGACCAUGGCGGCCUCGUCGCCGCUGGUUCUCGGGCUCGGCCUGGGUCUCGGCGCGAGCGGGGUCGGUGAGCGAGACGCGGAUGCGUCCCCCGCGACUGCGACCGCGACUGCGACGGCGACGCCCAAGAGGCCGUCGGCGCUGACGUUCAUGCAGCAGCAGGAGCUGGAGCACCAGGUGCUCAUCUACCGCUACUUCGCCGCGGGCGCGCCGGUGCCGGUGCACCUAGUGCUCCCCAUCUGGAAGAGCGUCGCCGCCUCCUCCUUCGGCCCCCAGCGCUUCCCCUCGCUGAUGGGCCUGGGGAGCCUGUGCUUCGACUACCGCAGCAGCAUGGAGCCGGAGCCCGGGCGGUGCCGGCGCACGGACGGCAAGAAGUGGCGGUGCUCCCGCGACGUGGUGCCGGGCCACAAGUACUGCGAGCGCCACGUCCACCGCGGCCGCGGCCGUUCAAGAAAGCCUGUGGAAGCCGCCGCCGUCACCGCAGCCGCCGCCCCGACGCCGAGCGCAGCGGCCGCCAGCAGCCUCGGCGCUGGCGGCGGCCCCGGCUCCGUCCACCGGGGCGCCGCGCCCCCGCACCCGCACCCGCACGGGCUCGGCCUCUCCUCCCCGACCAGCGUCCUCCUCGCCCACAGCGCCGCGCGCGCCACGUGAGGUAGCGCGCCGCGCGCGGGCCGGCCGACCGACCGGGGGGUCGCCGUCUUGGGCUCGAUCUCGCACUUGGGCCUCGGAAUCACGAGGGGAAACGGAAUCCGCAGGGAUUACUAUGUCGUGCGUGCUGUAAUUUUUUGUUUCUUUCUCCUUUGUUUCUUCUUUUUCCUUCCCUCGUAAAAGUCGCAGCCCUUUUUUUUAAAAAAAAAAACCCGGUUGUUUUGGAUGUCCGAAUCCGAUUGCAAGCGACGAUGGCUCGCUGCGUGGCUUGUCUUGUUA